AUUAGGUACCGCAGAACUGUGGCCACAUACAAAUUAGUUUAGGCUUGAUUGGAAAGGCAAAGAAGUUAGAACGAUGAGGAAUUAGGCCUAUAAAUAAGACAAUUUAAAGUCGGAAUAGGCGAAAUAGAAAAUAUUCAGGUUAGAAAAAUGAAACGCUUUGCGUUGUUUGCUUUAGGAAUCAGCUUUGUUGGUUUGGCGUGGGCGGAGCAGAAGUGCACGAGAGAUGCUAACGGAAUUCUCCGAUUUAACGGACAACCGUGCGCUAGCACAACGCGAUAUGAUGACGGACACAGAGGGGCGUGCGGCUGUGGACCACGAGGAACCGAUACACCAUUUGACUGGAAUAUGGCUGACCACGUCACAGCCCCUAACGGCAAGUUUUUUGAUGACGGGGGUGACAGUUCUUGGUGUGGGCGUAACUGUGGUGCCUGUGUCAAGCUAACGCCAACAGGGGGAUUUGUGCCAGGACUAGGCAGACCACCCGGCAACCAAAGCCCCGUGAUUUUCAUGGUAACCAACGACUGUCCUAUAGAUGGCAACUUUGAAUGGUGCGGCCAAUCUGGCAAACCAGGCACAAAUAACCCAAACACUCAUGGAUAUGAAGUUCACUUUGACCUUCAGAACAACAGGGGUCAAGUUACCAAUGGCCUGGGCUGGGACAAUCCAGAAGUGACGUGGGAAAAAGUUGCCUGCCCUGGUGACAUGGCAUCCAAAUAUUCACAAUGUGAAUGUCAUUGAUUCUCUCAGAUGGAAAUAUUUUUCUUGAAACUAUCAAUGUGGUAUUGAAAAAAUAAAGAAUAAAAUUUUGAAAAC